UUAAUUUUGAAAUGAUCCAUCGAGAUUGUCACUGAGCAGACAUUUUCUAUGGAAGUCAAUCAUAUUUAUGUUUUGUAAAUUAUAUAAACUAUAACAAUUAAAACAUUUUUUAACAAUGUCGAGUUCUAACACGAGUAUUAUGAGUAUCGGAGAAAUGAUAGACACUGCAUUUGGGGAUACCGAUGUGAACAUUGUAAAUCACAAGCUUUUACAAACUAUAUUAUUCUUACUUGCAAGACAACUAAGAGUUUUAGAGAGACGAGUUAAACUAGAGAUGGGUACGGGAUUACCAAUAUCUUCUAGUUCUAGCCUCUCCGUCACUGAAGUCAAAUUGCACGCUAUGCAAAAAAAGAAAACAAAAGGUUCGAGAAAGGAAGGCAAACAUGCAAAAAGUGCUCACGAACCAGUGUCUUCAUCCGAUAAAACCUCGUCUGAGAGAUCUAAAGAUAAAUCAAGUUCAACUAAAUCAACGACUGAUCGAACGACGACUGAAACUACUACUUCUACGGGCAAAUCUAGCUCGGAUAAAACUUCCACUGACAAGUCUAGUUCUGCUAAAUCCACUGAUAAAUCAACCACGGAAAAAUCGUCCACCCUAACUUCUACGGAUAAGUCGGCUUCGGAUAAGGAUAAAACAACCAAAAAAUCUUCACAGGAUUAUCAAAAGCUUCUGGAAAUGAUCGAAGAACAAAGAGAACGGGAGCUACGAGUGAUCCACCAGAGAGCACAGUCACGUGAAGUAGGAGAACGGACACCGACUCCUAUGGCGUCACUCGAUUCAGUGGAAGCUCAAUACGAAAAACUGCUCAUAGUUGAGAGAGUCCCAACUAAAGACGGCCAGGCAAAAUCCGGCAAACGUUCAUCAGGGACUCCUAGGUUGUCCGUCGUUACACAAGAACAAUUCGCGGAAUUAGCAGCAACAGUUCAAGAACUAAUGGCAAAAUUCAAGCCAAUCGGUUUACCAAGUUUUCCCGAAAACAUUGAACUUAUGCAAGAGCUACGAAAAAAUGCGUCGCUUGCUGACGCUAUGGCCGCUCUUCAACUUGCAGCUCGGCUAGAAGCGGCCGAAAAAACUCUCAAUCAAAUGUUAUUGUUGGUCACGGAACUUGCAAAGAAAACGGGAAUAGAAUUGACUGGAAGCGAAAAUGACAUUGAAACCCAAUUACUUUUGGGAAUACGAGGGCCGACCGACAAGCCACUUGCAUCUCCUAAAUCAAAAAAAGGUGCACAUCCAUCGCAAGAGUUAAUAGAGAUUCCCGUAUUGCCAAGUCCACCACCGGUUGUGGAACCUUCACCUGAGAUAUUGCCUUCAGAUAAGCCUUCGCAACUGAUUGAUUUUGUUACCUACGAAGAAUUAGAUUCAGCUAUGCAAGAAUUGUAUGAUGAAAUAAAAAAAACGAUCACAGGAAUCACCACACGUAGUACUGCUAAUGCAGAUAACGCAUUUAAAAUAGCGACCAGAAUGGAGCAAAAAUUAGAAGCUUCCUUAAAUCUUGGGAGCCGAAUGGAUGAUUUAGAAAUUUUGGUCUCAGAAUAUGCCGACCAAAUAACAGCUUUAGACACCGGUCUAUCGUCUCAGAUGACAAACUAUCAAGAACAAUUAACACAAAUGCAACAUGACCUAGAAACUGGAUUGGAAAACAUGGCAGAACAACUAGCCAAUGCAGGCAGCGAUACCACUGCUGUUGCAGAACUUAACGGACAUUUCACCAAUCUUCAACAAGAUUUAGAUAACUCAUUAAUUAGUCAAAAAGAAUUAAAGGAUAAUCAACAGGCUUUAUCUCAUGAUUUAGAAGAUUUAUGGAAGCAAAUAGAAAAAUUACGAGAAACAAAGUCAGAUCGGGAAGAAGUGACUGACGCUCUUCGUGAUAAAGCUGGAAUUGGGGCCUUAAAUGGAUUAGUGUCUUUACAACAGUUUGACGCCGUCCGUGGAGAUUUUGAGAAACGUAUAGGAGCUGCUUAUGACAAGUUUAAUAAUCAAGAAAUUUUGUGGCAAAAAGCCAUUGAUGACCUUUUAAGGGAGCUUAACGAUAAAGCGGACUUGAUUCAACUAGUGUCAUUGCAAAAUGAGAUUACAAAGUAUCUUGACAUGUUAAAAAGCAGAAUGCAUGCAAUGUUUGAAAUCGUGGGUGAACCUCGCGCAGCCGCUAUUACAAGAAAAUUACACCGCGAUGCUGCAUGUUUGUCCUGCGCUACUCCUGCCUGGAUGGAUGUUGAAGAGAAUAGGACGGUGCCGGCAUUGCCUGCCAUGCAAGCGACUAGACCACCCACCAUAGGAGCUGAAGCUAGUAAACCAAAAGAAGAUGGUGAUCAUGGAUUAUGUUACCCAGGAUAUCCGCUGCCCCAUCCUAGACACAUAAAAUCACACGUCUGUCAAAGAUAUUGUGGUGGAUCGCACACUCUGAUUAACAAUACUAUUAGUCGAUCACCUCCUGGCAUGAUAAUAAGUCCGUUACGGCAACCUUCUACCGGGCUUGGCACAGAUAGGAAGAUGAACAAGAUUGAUGAAAGUAAAACAAAAAUUCCAUGUUUGCCAUGCAAUGAACAUAUUCUUGCAACCCCUGAGCCUUCUGAAGCUGCACAGGUUCCAGAACAUCCCGAAACUUCUUCCAAUAUGACUCCAUCCGACUUUCGUCCAAUGGAGGAUUUCAGACCUCCGUCAAUGGAACAAAUAUCCGUCACUCCCCCACCACCUCUGGAUGAAGACUUUUGAUUUAAUGCUUAGGGUAUUUACGUAAUGUUUAAAUAUGUUUAUUUUUGUUAUUAAAAUUUUAUUUCAACCAUUUUCUAAAAUAUACUUGAUCGAAUGUAAA